AUUACACAACAGAUCACUGAUUAUGCGUGAUUUCGAAUCGAAUUUAUAUUACAUAUAUGCUGAUCCUGUGAUGGAAAGUCAGCUCUUAAGUAUUGAUCGUGAAGACUCGGUCAUCCUGAAAAGAAAGGUCGCGGAACUAGAGAAGGAAAUUGAAUGCGAGUACAAAAGGCUAAAUAACAUGAGAGAAGCUCUUGAAAAAUGUCAGAUAUUUAAUCAAAAAUUGCAGAUUGAUAACGAUGAAGUGCAUUCGAAACUGACGUCAGAAAAACAGAAGUACGCUGAAGCCCAUGGGAAUCACUUAAAGUCAGAGGCCUUGGUCAAACUUCUACAAGUAACAAUGAGCUUUUUACGCCGUGUUUUACUCACAGGAACAAAUGAAAAUCACUAA